AUGGACUCGGCGACAAACCCAAACGCUACGUCAUGGUCUAUACAAGUGUUCUCGGCUUCUGAUAAGGAUGAGGACACGCCGCUGUGGAGUCACUACCAUACUGCGACUAAUUUGCUGACGGCUAACACUCCUGGCGUGAAGAGCGUGAAUGGCGACACUGUGUUUCGGCUUGGUAGCGUUACGAAGAUAUUCACGAUAUUGACGUUUCUUAUUGAGGCCGGGGACACAUAUUGGAACACACCAGUAACCCAAUGGGUGCCGGAGUUGGAGCUGUUGGCUGGGAAGGCUCAGUAUGAUCCCAUUAUGAACGUGGACUGGGAUAGCAUUACGCUGCAGGAUCUGGCAAGCCAUAUGGCAGGAAUCGUGAGAGACUAUGCCAUCGAAGGAGAACUGACGCAAGAGAACAACCAAACUGUACUCCAAACCAAGGGCUUCCCGCCGGCACCAUUUAACGAGACUCCGAUAUGCGGCGAAGCUAUAAAAUGCCCUCGCGCAGAGUUUUUCACAGGACUAGCCAACGUCCCGCCAUCAUUCUCGCCCUCAUGGACGGCCGGGUAUUCCAACAUGGGCUACCAAAUCUUAGCGUACGCGCUCCAAGCCAUCACGAAGAAGCAGUUUGCGCCGAUGCUACAAAGCGACAUUAUCGAUAAGCUCGGGCUUCAGAACACAUUCUACGAGAAGCCCGACGAUUCACUCGGCGUCAUCCCCGAAGGAAAAGAAGACGGUUGGUCGUACAGCCUCGGCGAAGCGAGCCCAACCGGAAACAUGUACUCCUCAACAAGCGACCUCUCGCGCCUCGGCCGCGCCAUCUUCCGGCACACGCUCCUCGCGCCCGCGCAAACCCGACGCUGGCUCAAGCCCACAGCGCUCACAUCCGACAUCCACGAAGGCAUAAGUUCGCCCUGGGGAAUCCGGCGCAUCCCGCUAACCGACGGCAGCCGCGUCGUAGACGCGUACAGCAAAGCCGGGAGCAUCAACGUGUACAUGUCUUUACUCGUGCUGCUCCCCGACUACGACGUCGGCAUCGCGGUCCUGCUCGCAGGCGGAUGGCCCGGAAACGCGAACUGGGAUAUCGCGGACACCAUCGGAAAAGCACUGCUCUCAGCCCUCGAAGACGCGGCGCGCGAGGAGGCGGAGACGAAUUACGCGGGGACGUACACGGCGGCGGACGCGGGGAUGAACAGCACACUGGUGCUGAGCACGGACGCGACGCGGCCGGGGCUGGGCGUCGAGCGGUGGGUUAGUAAUGGCACGGACAUGGUGCCCGUCGCGGUGCGGUAUACCCUGAACUACAACGUCACCGGGCCGUCGAUUCGGCUGUAUCCUGCCGGUUUAGAGUCUAAACCCGCAGCGGGGAAUGGUUCGAGGAAGAUUGCGUUUAAGGCGGUGGUGGAGAAUUUGGAUCUGCCGGAUCGUGGACAGGCUAUGUUUUCGACGAAUUGUGGGACGUGGGUUAGUCAGACGGCGGCGGUUUAUGCGGAUAUGCCGUUGGAUCAGUUUGUUUUCACGCUUGGGGGGGACGGCAGGGCGGUGGGGGUUACGCCUUUGGCGCUGCGGACGGAGAUGGUGAGGGGGGGUUAG